AUGUCUCUCAACCGCGUCUCCUACUUGGAGUCCUGGGAACAGAAUCCAGCUGCAUUCCGUCGCCAGCCCUAUCAGGAUGACUCCGAUGACGAGGAAAGCUAUCAUGAUCUACCGGAGCCCUCGGUGUCAUCUUCAUUCCAAUCCAACAUCAGUCGCCACUCUUUUAGACAUCGAUUGAAUUUCAACCCGUAUGCAGGACCAGCAUGGGGACAGGCCACUGUGGAUGAGGCUACCAGUGAGCAGAACCCACCUCUCCAAGCCGCCUCACCCAAUAUCAGUACGCUCAAUGAGGUUGACAGAGAGGGGGCACCACCCGAGCAAUCUGCGCCGAAGUUGCAGGAGUGGACCGGUGGCCGAGAGACCACGGGCGCGUUUGAGGUAAACCAUGUCAAACGCAUUGCGCAGGUCUGCAUAGCAGUGCUAUACUGUCUACUUGCGGCGGGGAUAGUCUUCGGGUUUGCGGCCAUCAAGCCGGUCUUGAUCAGAGAGGGUGUCUAUCGGGACCGGUGUUCGCAAGAAGAGCUUGAUAACAAUUCCGACGUGUGCUACGGACAAGAGCUUCGAUUGAACUUGAUGUUCACCAUCGCUGCAGUCGCAACCAACGUCUUUGCUUUACCAGUAGGAACGAUUCUCGAUACAUACGGUCCGCGCGUCUGCGGCAUCAUUGGCAGCGUCUCUCUUAUGCUGGGCUCCUUGCUUUUUGGACUCUCCGACCGGCUUCCCUUUGACGGAUACAUGCCCGGGUACCUCUUCCUUUCUCUAGGUGGACCGUUUGUCUUCAUCUCAUCGUUCCAUCUGUCAAACACCUUCCCGACCCGCUCGGGGCUCAUUCUAUCCACUUUGACAGGCGCAUUCGAUGCCUCCAGCGCCCUUUUCCUUAUAUUCCGGCUUAUCAACGAGAGCACAACCGGCUGGUUCAGCUCGACCAGAUUCUUCCUGCUCUAUCUCAUUGUCCCCAUUUUCAUCAUCACUGCCCAGCUCACUAUAAUGCCGACGACCUCAUAUAAGACGGCCGGCGAACUUGUGCAGGAAGCGCAAGCUCACAUCGCAGCCGAAGCCACGGACUACGUUGACAACGCCAUCCAGGACCGCAAUGAAGGCGAGCGCCAACGUAAUGACCGUCGUAUGCACCGACAGAACGUUGUCAGCCAAAUUCAAGACCUUCUCUCUUCCCCCACCCUUCAACCACAGUCCUACGAUGACAUCUCCCCACUCGAACGCCCACUCUCUCCCGAACCCAACCCCAUCCCCAUCGCCACCACCGAGUCAACCACCACGCCCCAGUCUGACAAGCCCCACACCGCCGGCGGCGUUUGGGGCGCCCUUCAUGGCGCCUCGGCGCUCACGCAGAUCCGCACCCCCUGGUUCAUCCUGAUCACCCUCUUCACUAUCCUGCAGAUGCUCCGCAUCAACUAUUUUGUGGCCACGAUCCGUCAACAGUACACCUACCUCCUCCAAUCCCCGGACCUCGCCGCGACCCUCAACUCGACCUUCGACGUCCUCCUCCCGCUGGGCGGGCUCGUCUCCGUCCCCUUCAUCGGCACCAUCCUCGACUCCGCCCGCACCCCCUCGGUGCUACUCACCCUCGUCACGACCGCCACCCUGAUCGGCAUUCUGGGCUGCAUCCCCACGGAGGGAGCCGGCUACGGUAACAUCGCCCUCUUCGUCCUCUACCGCCCCUUCUACUACACCGCCGUCUCCGACUACGCCGCCAAGGUCUUCGGCUUCCAGACCUUCGGCAAGGUCUACGGCCUGGUCAUCUGCCUCGCCGGCCUGGGCAACUUCGCGCAGGCCGGCCUCGACGCCCUGACCUUCACCGUCUUCGACCGCGACCCCACCCCUGUCAACGCCCUGCUGACCAUCACCACCUUCCUGGUCGGGGUGGCCCUGGUCACCUUCGUCAGCUGGCAGGCCCGCCGGAUGGCGGCUACCCGCGGGAAGGCCGGUGCUGCCGUUACGAAUGGGACCACGGAGGUCGCCGAGAGUGGUCUCAGCGUUCCCGGCAUCCAUGACGGCGUGGACACAAGGGAUUGGGGCCGCCAGCAGCAGCAGCAGCAGCAGCAGCAGCAGCAGCAGGGUGAACGCGAACCGCUGCUCCGACAAGGCAAUGACACAUCUGCUUCCUACGGGGGUACUAGACCCUGA